UUUUCGGAAAAGAAUUCUUUUUUUUUUUUAGGAAAAAAAAAAGAAAAGGGAAAGAAAAGAAGGGAAAAAAAAUAUUGUUUUUAACUAUCAAGGAAAGAACGAAAACUUCUCGCUUUUUUUUUGGUUCAAACACCUACACUGUGGCUACAAAAAGCCUUUUGCUUAAUUCGACUCUCUCUUACUGAUCUUCCGUCAAUGGCUUCUUGAUCAGUUCGGUUCUUGAGGUUGAGUUCUGCAUUUGGUUAAAGGAACAUUGGUUGAGAGCUGUUGACCGGAACCUUAUCAGUUAUCAGAUCAUAUGAAGUGCUCACUCGGUCGGCGAGGUUCUUAGGCAGUUGAUUUACAUGCACUCUUACCGAAUAAUUUUUUCGAAGGAUUAGUUGAGGUGAGUGAGGGAAGACUGAAUUCUGGGACUAAAACUGUUCAUUUGCUAUCACAUUCGACCUGCAAGCUGGGAAACAGUGAACUAAGACUACUAUGGCUGAGGGGGAGAAGCUUAUAGAGCUUAAAUUCCGCAUUUAUGAUGGAACGGAUAUAGCACACAGUACUUAUGCAUCAUCUAUGACUGUUUCAACUCUUAAGCAAAAGAUUGCUGCUGAGUGGCCCCAAGACAAAACAGUCACACCAAAGUCAAUAAAUGAUUUGAAACUUAUACAUGCUGGUAAAGUUCUGGAAAACAACAAAACGCUCGCUGAUUCCAAGAUAAUGUUUGGUGAUCUUCCCGUUGGUGUUAUUACCAUGCACGUAGUAGUGCAGCCUGCUAUAGCAAAAAAUAAGACAGCUAUGGUCUGAUGGUCUAAGCUUGUCCAGUGUCUCAUUUUCCCAUCUGUCUUGGUGCACUGCAGAAAAGAGCCAGGAGGAGAUGCAAAAGCUGAAUUCAUGCGGGUGUGUUAUUCUUUGAUAAAUAAACAUUCACUGUAGUUAUACUUUGUAUUAGUCUGAUUUUGCUUUUGAAAUGGUGUUCAUCUGUAUACUGGCUGCGUUCUGACUCUGACUACUCAAGUAUCAUUGUUCUUUUUGUAACCAUCCUCUCUUACCGGUAAAAUUAGGAUACUUGGAGACACAUUUUGUAUAAGCUAUGAUUGUACAGAUGAAUCAAUGCAAUUCAGAGAGAGAGAUGAUAACAAUGAAGUUUGCAGCAAAAUACCUUUUGACAUUGAUUCAUCCAAAUCUAAGUGUUCCAGUGUUGAGUGUCAUGUUAAUAUUUGUAAUGGAUUCCAUCUC